UCAAAAUUACCCAUUUUAGCUCCUCAUUUCAUCUCUAAACCAUUCAUUUCUCCUCCUCAUUAUGACCAUUAAAGGCGGCACCAGCCAGGCCUGCGCUGCUUGCAAAUACCAACGUCGCCGCUGCUCCAAAGACUGCGCCUUGGCGCCCUAUUUCCCGGCUGAUCAACCCAAGAUGUUCCAGAACGCCCACCGCCUCUUCGGCGUAUGCAAUAUUAUGAAGAUACUCCGACAAGUCCACCCUUCUCAGAAGGAUGAGACGAUGACUUCCAUUAUCUACGAGUCGAACAUGCGCGCUAGGUUUCCGGUUCACGGUUGCUGCGGCGUCAUCUGGCACCUCCAUUACCAAGUACAACAGGCUGCCGAUGAGCUCCGGCAAGUUAAAACUAGGUUAGCCAUGGUGAAGGAGCAGUUUCAAAAUCAAAUGAAUAACAACGUCGUCGGUGGCGGUCCUCUCGAAGGGAUCGUGGACGCGAGUUAUCCAAUUUACACACAACAACAGCCACAAUACAACGGAGGAUUGAUGGUAAAUCAAAUGACGGGGGAUGGGAGUGAUUUUUUUGGAAAUGGGAACAAUGGUGGGAUUUAUGAGGAUGAUAAUAAUGGAUUGAUGUUGAAGGAGUUGAGGAUUCAACAACAUUACAACGAUAAUUAUGGAAUAAACAUUAGUAAUGUUGAAUCCAUGCUAAUGCAAUCUAAUUUGAUACCCACAGUUCAAGGUUACCCUUUGCAACAAGAAAUGGAAAUUUCUCAUGAUUAUGAUGAAAUUCCAUUUGAUACCAUUGCCGAUGAUCGACAGUCCUAUAUUGAAUCCAAAGAAGGAUGCGACUCUAGUGCAGAAUCAACAUUCAAAGAUGUGUCAGAAUCAUCUGCUGAAUAUGUUUCAAGAAUUGAGCUCAAGAACGCGGCAGCUUGCUUCAGUCUAACAAGUCAUGUCAAAUAGAAGACCAAAACAAGACCACAAACAAAUUUGUAUGU